CCGCUCUCCGUCUCUCUCUUCCUCCGGUGCUUCCCAUCAUGCCUCUCACUCCACCGACACGGCCAUGGGCCUCCUCCAAGCUAUCACCUCCCCGAUGGCCACGGGUUCCGACCCCAGCCCGCACCUCCACAAAAAACCCUCUUACCCUUCCUUCCCCUCCUCCUCCUCCUCCUCUCACUCCUCCUCAUCCAAAGAUCGAAAACGCGACGGCAGCUCCAAAAGCGGCCACCACUCUUUCUCCCACUCGCGCUCCUCUUCGUCGUCGUCGUCUUCGAAAAAACACUCCUCCUCUUCCUCCAAAUCCUCGCUGUUCCACGGCGGAGCGGGGAAAGGAGAACCUCUCACCCUGAGAGAGGCGGAAGGUCUGAAGAUGAAGCUUAUUCUUUCGCCGAAAGAAAAGAACGAGGGAGGGGGAGGAGGAGGAGGAGGUACGGACGGAUUUGCUUUCCCUCCCCACUCCUCGUCAUCCUCGGGCUCGACGGCGCUUCAUUCGUCUUCGGCGAUGAAGAAAGCGGGGAUGAAAAAAGAGAAGGAUAGAGAGAGGACGAUGACGUCUAAACCACCCAAGAAGAAAGUGCAGAACAGGGAACCGCUGCCUGUGGUGGGGAAGGAGCUGGAAGUGGAGGGACACUACAGUGGGUCUCUCGGGGGUUUGGGAGGUGACAGCUCCUCUUCAGGGCCGGAGCUGGAGGCGGGGGAGCUGGUGAUUGACGACUCCUACACGCACCUCUCCAAAAAGAAGAAAAAAAGCAAAAAGAGCAAAAAGAAGAAAGAGAAAGACAAAGAUAAAGACAGAGAGCGAGAUAAAGACAAGAGUUCUAGGGAAAAGAAACACAGCAAAGGAGGAGGAGGGAGCAAGAAAAGCUCCACAGGUGAUCCUUCUCGAAGCCACUCCCACACGCACAGCUCCUCCAAUCACAGCGCAGGGGCGGGGAUGUACAGCAUGGCUCCUCCAGUCACUUCCCAUCAUCAUCAGAGCAGUGAAAUGACGAGUGAAAAAAAGAAAAAGAAAGAGGAGAAAGACAGAGACAAACACGACAAGGAUAAGCCUAAAAAGAAGAACACAACGGCGUAUCAGGUAUUCUGUAAAGAAUACAGGGUCAACAUCAAUGCUGAACAGCCUGGCCUAGUUUUUGGGGAGCUGAGUAAGAAACUGGCCGAGGUCUGGAAACAACUCCCAGAAAAAGACAAACUGGUAUGGAAGCAGAAAGCCCAGUAUCUGCAGCACAAGCAGAACAAGGCUGAGGCGACCACGGUCAAACGGAAAAUCAGCACGUCAGAAAACAGCAGCAAGAGCAAAGGCUCCAGUAAGGGUGUGGGUUUGGGGUCGGGCUUGACCUCUCCAGGUCGGGGGUCACUGGGCAUGACCUUGUCGCCAGCGCGAGUGCCACAGGUGGACCCUAUCGAUGCCGCUGCCCACCUGCAGUUGCUGGGUGAAUCGCUGUCUCUGAUUGGUCACCGGCUACAGGAGACGGAGGGGAUGGUAGCAGUAUCAGGGAGUCUCUCUGUGCUGCUGGACUCCAUACUCUGUGCUUUGGGCCCUCUGACCUGCCUUACCGCACAAAUCCCUCAGCUCAACGGCUGCCCACGAAACGUUCUGUCAAACACCCUGGACAACAUAGCUUACAUUAUGCCAGGGCUGUGA